CUAACAAUUUGUACGACUGGGCAAUGUCACAAUACCUUCCUCUUAAAGACUUUCAGUGGAUUGAUCCUGCCACAGAAGUGUUAAGUACCCCACCAUAUAGCUCCACCGGAUACAUCCUGGAAGUCGACUUAGAAUAUCCGUCAGAUCUCCACGACAACCACUCCGACCUUCCCCUUGCUCCGGAAACUGCCAUUCCUCCUGGCUGCAAAGAAAAAAGACUCCUAACCACCCUGAACAACAAGCAGAGAUACAUGCUGUACUAUCAAAACUUGCAACUUUACCUUCAGCAUGGCCUCAAACUCAAUAAAGUGCACAGGAUUUUACAGUUCGAGCAAGCCCCGUGGUUAAAAUCAUACAUUGAUUUAAACACCACCCUACGAACAGCUGCAACUAACGAUUUUGAAAAAAAUUUCUACCUAUUGAUGAACAAUGCAGUCUUCGGAAAAACAAUGGAGAACAUUAGGAGUAGAGUGGAUGUAAAACUCUGUGGUACUGCUCCUAAGGCAGAGAAGUUGAUAGCGCGAUCCAACUUUCAAGAAAGAACCAUUUUCUCCGAAGAUCUUGCAGCGUUUCACAUGCGACGGACAGUCCUGACUUUCAACAAACCGAUUGUUGUCAGGAUGGUCGUACUAGACGUCUCCAAAACGUUAAUGUAUGACUUCCAUUACUCGAAGAUGAUACCAAAAUAUGGUAGUCAUUUAAAACUUCUGUACACAGAUACCGAUAGCUUCAUCUACAACAUCGUGACAGAAGAUGUCUAUGCCGACAUGGCGCAAGCGUUGGAGCUGUAUGACACGUCUGAUUACUCGCCCAACAACAUCUAUGGUCUUUCCUUAGUUAAUAAGAAAGUUCUUAGGAAAAUGAAAGACGAGACGAAGGGAGAAGUCGUGACGGAGUUUGCCGGCAUCAGGUCCAAGGUAUACAUUUAUAAAUCUGGAACUAAUACCGUGAAGAAGCUGAAGGGGGUCAAAAAGGCUGUUAUUGAAAAAAAGAUCUCCUUUGAAGAUUAUAUGCAGUGUCUUUUUCAGCACAAGGAAUUGAUGACAUGCAUGAACCUAAUCAGAUCAAAAACGCAUCAAAUUUAUUCCAUUACUGCAAGCAAGAUCGCACUGUCACCACAUGAUCAAAAGCGACACGUCUUGGCGGACCGCAUCAGUACCUUACCAUUUGGCCACUAUUCCUUGAGGAAUGACGAUGAGUAAGCAAUAUAAAUUUAUAA